AUGUUUCUGGCCUUGCAGAAGAAACUGUCUCAGCUGCCCCAGUCGGAGACAAGGAGAUUCAUGUUGGGUGAGAUCUUCUGUCACUUGAGCAGUGCGUUCCCACUCUUCACCGCAAAGGACUACACCCUCUGGUUUGGGGAAAGGCUCCGCCUCUUCCUCAGCAGUUUGGAUGCCCAGAAUCUCGGCUUCAUCCCCAGCGGCACCUCAUGUGAUUCCCUUGCGGCCAUAGUGGGCGCAUUAACCAACUACCACGUCAACAACACAUUUGAAAAUCCAGGCGAUGUUGCAUCUUUUAUCAAGAGAGUUCUCCACUUCCAACUGCAAAAUUCAGGUUCUCCCUGCACGCAGGGCGUGUCUGCAGACAGACAGUGGCUAAAGACAUUUUUCGGACCUUUCAGCUCUUCCUGCUCCUACACAGAUUUUGCUGAGCUGAAAAGCAACUUCCGUGGGGACGAUUCCUUGGAUCUCUUCUCGGCAAGCGCUCUGGCUCAGCUGUCCACACAAAGCCGCGUUAUUUUUAGCAGAUUGGCCAUAAUGCAUGUCUACGAAGCCAUCCAAGAAAAGGAAGACUCAUUCCAUCAUCUUGGUACCUUUCUGGAUGAGUUCAAUAACUUUGCACUGAAGAAUCCUGGUUUACUCAGCAACCCCAAAGUGCAGCACAGGAUGCUGACGUUCCCGGCGGAGAUGGUCUUCCCUCAGAUCGAUGCCAUGUCCCCAGAAGACGCAGCCGCUUGGUUCCAGAGACUCCGCCCCCUGCUCCCGGGCAUCAACGGGACUCUUCUGGACUUGCUACCCCGCAGUAUGCCUUGCCCGUAUUACCAAAUUGUUGUGAAAGCCCUUGUUGACGUCUAUUCGAAACUGUCCGCCAAGAAGAAGGAGGAGGUGUACGGAUUUCAGAAGACUUACUUAGCGGCACAAUUUGCAGACUCAGGGUCAGCGUGUGACAGCGGAACCACCGGAGUCCGUGGCUGGCUGAUGGACAAUUUGGGAGACUUUUGCUCAGUGGCUAAACUCAAUGAACUGCAAGCUUUAUACCCAGGUCUCAAUGCAAUUGAGGAUCUCAGCCCCGUGGAAGCUGCUGAUUUAACCCUCGUGGGCCCCAUGUGCAGCUCCGGUUUCACCAGCGUUGUUGUUGGACGUAUAAAGACUUUCAAAGAAUAUCAGUCUCUUCAUGACUACCUGUGCAGGCUCCGGAGUUUGCAUUGCCAGGGCUCCGGAUCUGCAGCAAGCGCGUUCACCUGCAACGGAUCUUCUCCUCUGGCUUCUGUCGCUCCAGAAAUUCAGCGUGAGCUCUUCAGCAACAUCCUUGACUUCCUCAGGAAACAGGGGCCAUCAAUGAGCGCGUCUCAGUGGUCGGACAUCGCCCAGUUCGUGCAAUUUGAGAUCUUGCCGGCUCUGAACAUUUCCUACCAACCCAAGCCAUCCGCCAGCGGACCUUGUGGAAUCUUCCAAGCGGCAGCCACCAGGGACCCAAAAGUAAGCCACUGGCAAGAAGAACUUCAAGAGGUCUUCGAAAUUUGCAGCUCGGUCUUGCCACAAACUGAAACCACAGUAACAAGUCACGUCUGCGGAAGCACAAUUUAUCCCACAUCCGGAAACACCACUCUCAACACUGGAAGCGUCACAACUCCUGAUCCGGAAAGCACCAUAACUCCUACCACGGGAAGAGCCAUAACUCGUACCACAAAUAGAGCAACAACAUAUAUACCAAGCCGUCCCGCCCUGUUUCUAUAUUUCCCUCUUAUCUUUUGGACUUUUAUCACCAUUUCAAAUUAAGUUGCUUCCUUUUUUUUGCAAAUGGAUGUGAAACAGUGCCAAAAUCACACGUUUGGCACCGGAAACAACUUUGGGCCUCUAUGUAUUGGCUUGGGACCAGAGGCGUACCUCGGCAAACUGGAGCCCUGGGCAAAACCUGAGUUUCAUGCUCCCCCCCAUGGGCAGCUGCCCUCCCCCACCGUGACCAAACAAUGAUUUUUUCCACCAGGUCAUUUCAAAGUCACCAUCACA